GGCUGCAAAUUAAAAUCCCGGAAAUAUUGAACACGGUGUUCGAAGGCUUUCCGAACGGUAAUACGAAAGCAACGGCAUAUCGGUUCGCGCGUUUACGGGCGGCGCAGUAUUUUUGCAAAGAUAAGGAGCGGGCACGAAGCGCGUUUGGCAACAUUUGAAUAGCGCUCGUGCCGUGAUAACUCGCUGCAGUUGGUGGCGGCACUUGUUUGCGCGAUGGCGUCCGGCGGUGAGAACACGACCGAGGAGAGAACCGAGCCUGCGAUGCCCGCACAACCCCUCCACAAUGUCCUGAGCGAAGCAGCGCAAAGGCUACUAGCAAUGAAUAAAGAUUCCGAUUUGUCUGGUGUAACGCCAAAGAAGUCACGUGUUGAAGUGCAAUCUUUGCCAACGAGGCAAUACUUAGAUCAAACGGUAGUGCCGAUCCUGCUGCAGGCGCUGUCGAGUCUAGCCAAGGAAAGACCAGCCGAUCCCAUAAACUUUCUAGCCGGUUAUCUGCUAAAGAAUAAGAGCCAAUACGACAAUGGUGAAUCCCCACCAACUAGUCAAUGAACUGCCUAAACAUUCAUAAGUAUACAGUGAAGAUCACUUUUAAACAUUUACAGACCUUUCUUAGGAAAAUAUUCGAGUUCGGCAAGGUGUAAUCGUAAUUUCGGAUUAAGCAAACAAAAUGUAUUAGCCUAUUAACACAUGAAACUUAUAGAGCGUAUGUACCGAAUGUCCAUGAAUGUUCGCAUCUGUGUUGAUUUGACCAUUACCCAUUGGUAACUGUAGGAAAUUAAUGUUCUUGUUAAUAUGUUCGAUAUUUAUCAAAAUCCCAGCGACGAUACAAUACAUCAAAUUAUUCCUGUGAAAUAAUAUCGUCGACUAUUUGUACAUCGACCAGGAAAAAUCAAAAUGAUCGUUAGCGCCGGUUCAAUAAAUCGUAAUGAGUUCUCCAUGCCUCGAUUUUAAUUGGACCGUUGAUUUAAUUGGACACAAUUAAAUGUAAUUUGUGCAAUGAA